UGUAAACACGUCUUCAUUUCCUCCGAAUUGCCUCGACGACCAGCCAUUUCUCAUCACGGGCCUCGUUUUGCGAAUGCGGAGCGGGAUUUCGGCGCCCAGGGGAAGGAUUCGGGGAGUUCUGAGUGGAGUAGAGUAGUGGAAGACUGGAAUUGACGACCGUACGUUCAGGAGAAGAGGUGUAUAUUUCAAGUUUAUCAACAUGGCGCACCAGACAUUCCAACAAGAAUAUCUACAGAUGCCUCCAGUGACACGGGCUUACACCACAGCUUGUGUUGCCACGACGAUACUAGUGCAAUUGGACCUUGUGUCUCCAUUCCAGCUCUAUUUUAAUCCACUUCUCAUCAUCAAACACUAUCAGAUUUGGAGACUUGUAACCACUUUCCUAUUCUUUGGUUAUGUAGGUUUCAACUUCCUGUUUAACAUGAUUUUCACAUACCGCUACUGCAGGAUGCUUGAAGAAGGCUCCUUUAGAGGCCGCACAGCCGACUUUGUCAUCAUGAUGCUGUUUGGAGGAGCGUGUAUGCUGUGCUGCUCCAUGUUUUGCUCCCUGCCCUUCCUUGGCCAGGCCUUCACAAUCAUGCUGGUGUAUGUCUGGGCUCGGAGAAACCCUUUUGUGCGGAUGAACUUCUUUGGCCUCCUCAAUUUCCAGGCUCCAUACCUUCCCUGGGUGUUAUUGGGAUUCAGCGUCCUCUUAGGGAACUCCAUCCUUGUGGACAUGGUUGGGAUUGCCGUUGGACACAUCUACUACUUCCUGGAGGACGUGUUCCCCCAGCGCUCGGGGGGCAUCAGACUUCUCAAGACCCCACGGUUCCUGCAACAGAUCUUCGAGCCCCACACGGAGGACCCAGCCUACAACCCAGCCCCAGAGGAGAGACCUGGAGGAUUCAACUGGGGGGAGCAGCCACCACAGGGACAGUAGGAUCAACAGACAACAUCCCCCCUGUAGUGUUGACCAUUGCCGGAAGUGGUGUCCUUCCCAUAUGGACCAGAGGCGCUUUGGAGUGUGAAGGAAUUUCUCUCUGCAUGAUGGUUGUGUAAAUAUAUGUGCCAAUAGAUUUUUGCAAAGACCAGAGAAUAUUUUCUUUAUUUUUUUCUUUUUCUUUUUUUACAUGACAGAAUUCACUGGUUUACCCAUCUUGUUUUAUCCCAACUCUCCACAUUAUAUCCAUAUUACCAUCUGUCCCACCUCAGCAUUGGGUUAUAUCGGAAAGGAGAAAUUGUGGGUGCAGUAGAGUUCGGCAGUAUCAGAGUCAAUUGGAUAUCAGUCAGCCAGCUUAGUAGUCUUGGAUCAUUUCUGAUACCCCUUGUGAUGUGCCCUUUUGGAGGAAGAACUGACCAGAAGGAUCUACAAAGCAAUGUAAUCUGUUGGAAGUGGCCCCCUGGGAUGAUUGGCACUUAUUAAACGUGAAGGAGUCUUGUGGGCUUGUUUGGAGGCCAGAUUUGGGCCUGCACAUGCACUUGUUUUGAUUGAUAGUCCAGAUCCUCCAUAGUCAGUCACAGAAAGCAAGUCCUUGAGGAUGUGCUAUUAAAAUGUUUGGUAUCACCUUAAAGCAAAUUUUCCUAUAUAUGUAUAUAUAUUUAUAUUGAGAUUUAUGUAAAUAUAUAUAUGUAGAGCUUUUUGAGAGUGUCAGUGACUUUUAAUAAUUUAAUGUAUGGUGAUAAAAGGUGUUUGUGUAAUGCCAUACAUUUUCCCUUUGAAUGUCACAUUUUGGCUGCAUGGUUCAAAAUCUUGUGGCCUCAGACGAAAGCAGUAGAGUCUGCUUUUGUAAUAUAAAAUGGCAUUGCAUCAAUGUAAAAUGGUGUGUCUUUUAGCUGACUAUUAGUGGGUGCUCAGCUUGGUGGUUGUGUAAAUAUAUUGUGCAAAUAUAUUUUGCAAGACCAGAAAAGAUUUCAUUCUGGGUUGCUUUCAUCUGAAACCUUAGUUGGCCUUGCUGUAGCUCAACUAGCCUUGUAUUUCAAGGUCAUCUCAACUUGUAUGAAGGAAUUACUGGUUUGUAUGAUUUUGCAUGUAAUACCAAAUGCAGUGAAUAUUGUUCAGUUUAUUAUUGUGGGUAUUACUACUUGUUUUUUCUUUUCCAAAAGGAUUUAAAGUUUAUCUGUCUAUACUUCCUCCCUUUCCACAUUAAGUUAGAGAUUACCCUGUCCCUCUUCUGAGCAACAGGUUAUGUGGGAAAGGAGGAGGAUAAAAGUGCAGUGGACUGGUCAGCAACUGGAUACCACUUCAGGUACCUGGACUUGUAGUUCAGGAUUGCUAUUACAGUGCCCAGUUCGGGUGCACUCUUUUGGUGCCAGGCAGAAAAAUAUCCAAGGCUCUGUGACAGGCAUGUGUGUACACAUACAUAUACAUGCACACACUCACUUUCCCUCUCUCUUUUACUUUCUCUUUCUCCUUCUCCUGCUCUUUCUCUUUCUUUGCACAUACAAGAACACAGGAUGUAUAUUUAACACAACUACAUAAACCUAAGAACCUAGACAUGCACAUACAUAACUGAACCAUACAUCCUUAAACUUAAGUUUUUCACACCCAUACAGGAGAAAAAAUAAUGUUUCGGAUUUAUCAUAUUUUGGGAGGCUCUGGACUGUCACAUUAGUUCAGUGUGUAUAUGUUUCUGUAUAAGUCUUCUUUAUUUAUGUUCACAGAAAUUUCUGUGUGGGAUUUUCCAAAUGUUUAUACAACUGUCUUAAUGUUCAAUAUAAUUUACUGUGUUUA